CUCAUCGUCUCUUUUCUUUAUUCAAAGGCUUGACUCGCUGAAGCGGGACUCUAUACGCUCAUUCGCUCUUUUCUGACAGACGUUUCCCGUUCGUGCGGUUUAGAAGGAAGAUAUUCAGUUGGAGAUUGCGAAUUGGAGAGGUUUAUUGGAGAACAAGAUGGGGAAUGAAGAGAAGUUUGGGAAUGGGGGUGUUGGGCUUGAUUCGUCUACGAGGCAAGAAGGACUACGACUGCGUGUUCAAGGGGAGAAGCAGCAGACACUACACCCAGGCCCGGCACCGAAAGAAUCUAACUCGCAGCGUUCAGAAGAGACACAACCCAAAGACCCGACGCACACCAAAGAACAGACGCAAUCCAAAGAACAGACGCAAACUCAGACACAAGCAAAGGAACAACGAGACUCUUCUUCCAUUGGCAGGCCAAUCCAACUCCCUCGUUCGUUGAGCGCCUCGAUGUUGAAGGAAAAGUUGUCCAAGUUGGCAGAGGCCCCGAUGAGUGUGGGGAGUACGGUUGCCAAGUCGUAUGCGAAUGUUGACUCCUUCCCGCCAUUAUGGCCCUUCUUGGCAGCGUAUUACAUCUGGGCAAGGUGGAUUGAUCAGUGUCCGGAGAGGGGAGGGAGACGGUCGCAUUGGUUUCAGAGCCUCAAGUUCUGGAAGUAUUUUGCGGAUUAUUAUCCUGUACAGUUGCUGAAAGAGGUCGACCUGCCUCCGGAUAGGCCGUAUGUAUUUGGAUACCAUCCCCAUGGUAUUAUUGGAAUGGGCGCCGUCGCCGCUUUCGCUACCCAAUCCACAGGAUUCGCUGAAGCCUUCCCCGGAAUCUACCCCCGACUCCUAACCCUCGCCACCAAUUUCCAGAUGCCGUUCUACCGCGACAUCCUGCUUGCGUUGGGAAUUUGUAGUGUGAGCAGGACGUCGUGUUCGAAUAUUUUGAAGAGUGGGCCUGGGUCGGCCAUUACGAUUGUGGUUGGUGGUGCGGCGGAGAGUUUGAGUGCGCAUCCUGGGACUGCUGAUUUGACUUUGAGGAAGAGGUUGGGUUUCAUCAAGGUUGCCAUUCAACAUGGAGCGGAUCUCGUCCCUGUGUUCUCGUUUGGAGAGAAUGAUAUCUAUCAACAAAUGCCCAACGAAAAGGGAACGACUAUCUACGAGCUUCAAAAGAAAUUCCAGGCGAUAUUUGGGUUUACACUGCCUUUGUUCCAUGGACGGGGGUUGCUCAAUUAUAAUGUCGGUUUGAUGCCCUAUCGGCGGAGAAUUGUUGUUGUUGUUGGCCGACCUAUACAUGUGAACAAGUGUGACAAGCCAUCACUGGAAGAGGUUUAUCGCAUUCAGCAGCAGUACAUUGAAGAGUUGACUAGGAUCUGGGACACCUACAAAGACCAAUUUGCUAAAUCCCGUGUGAGGGAGCUGAACAUCAUAGAGUAG